GUCUCAACUGCGCUUAGCUUUAGUACUAUUUAUAGACGUCACCCGUACAGUUGUGCUGAGACAACUAAGCUAAGUGGGCAGUGGGCACCACCAUGUCGUCGUCGUCUUCCUCGCCGGCGCCGCCGCACGUCGUCGAGGACUGCCUCGGCAUCGUGCAGCUACUCAGCGACGGCACGGUGACGCGUUCCGGCGACUACUCCAGCAUCUCGCUCAUGCGCGACGUCCCGAUCGACCUGCCCGUCCAGUGGAAAGACGUCGUCUACGACGCCGGCCGCGGCCUCCGCCUCCGCAUGUACGCGCCGGCGAACCACGGCGGCGAGGAGGGGAAGCUUCCGGUGCUCGUCUACUUCCACGGCGGCGGCUUCUGCAUCGCCAGCUUCGAGCUGCCCAACUUCCACGCCGGUGCGCUCCGCCUCGCCGGCGAGCUCCCGGCCGUCGUGCUCUCCGCCGACUACCGCCUCGCCCCCGAGCACCGCCUCCCCGCCGCGUACGAGGACGCCGUGGCCGUCCUCUCGUGGCUCCGCGGCCAGGCCGCCGCCGCCGCCGACCCGUGGCUCGCCGCGUCGGCCGACUUCGAGAGGGUGUUCGUCUGCGGCGACUCGUGCGGCGGCAACAUCGCGCACCACCUCACCGUCGGCUGCGGCUCCGGCGACAUCGCGCUCGACGCGGCGAGGCUCGCCGGGUGCGUGAUGCUCUGGCCAUACUUCGGCGGCGAGGAGAGGAUGCCAUCCGAGGCGCCGCCGCCGCCGCCGGAGGGCGACGCGUCGCCGUCGGCGAUGGGCAUCACGCUGUUCGACCAGAUGUGGCGGCUGGCGCUGCCGGCGGGGGCGACGAGGGACCACCCGGCGGCGAACCCGUUCGGGCCGGAGAGCCCGCCGCUCGACGGCGUCGCGUUCCCGCCGGUGCUCAUCGUGGACCCCGAGCUGGACGUGCUCCGCGACCGCGUCGCCGACUACGCGGCGAGGCUGCAGGCCAUGGGGAAGCGCGUCGAGCUCGUCAAGUUCGAAGGGCAGGGCCAUGGCUUCUUCGUGCUCGACCCCAUGAGCGAGGCCUCCGGCGAGCUCGUCCGCGUCGUCAGGCGCUUCGUGCACGCCGGCUAGGUGAUCGUCCGAAGUAAACCAAGAUAUGGAACUCGGAUGACUUGUGUACUACUCCAGUGUUCUAGCGCGGGAGAUUUGCAGCUUGAUCCUUUCGUCUUCAUCUUGUCAUCCGUAGCCAAUAUUUCAAUUUUAUAAAUUGUUUUUAUAGUUGAUUUUGAUGUUUUCUUAUCGUAGUUUAUUUUUUAAAAUAUUGGUUUUAAGUCGUUAAAAACACGUGUACACAAAUUUUGAUCCUUAAUUAGUUUUUAAUAUCGCUAAUAAAUGUUAUGGUAUAAUCCUCA